UUUCAUGAAAGAAAGUGUUUUAGCACAGCACACUUUAAAGAAAUCCCUCUAAAAGAGGUGUGUUUCAGAGAAAGAGGACGAAAGAGGUGGAGGCUGACCCAGGAGCAUCACAUGUUUGGGCAGAGCUACCCUGGUGGAACAGCAGGACAAACAAGAAGUGCAGAGAAACACAAAGCAACAGCUCACAAGCACACGUUUCAGAAGGGAGAUCAGUCUCUCAUUCUUAGGUGCAGACUAUGGAGAGAAGUACGGCACAGGAUGAAAUUCACCAGGAAGAGAAAGAAAGAGCAGGAAGCAGUGAAGGAGAGCAGACAGACCCAAAGGAAAGAGAGUUGAGACUGGUGCUGCUCGGCUCGGCGGGUUCCGCGAAAAGCACUGUGGUUGAUGCCAUCAUGGGCGGCCUGAAAUCUGAAUCUGAGUGCAAUUCAGGGCCUGAGACGCCGCCCACUACUGAUUGUCAGAAGAGAUGUGUGAGUGUGUCAGGACGACAGGUGGCUGUAGUAGACACACCCGACUGUCUGUGUGUUGAGCGCCCAGCUGAGGAAGUCCGCCGUCAGUUCUCUCUCUGCGCGGCUUUAUCGGUCCCGGGGCCCCACGCUUUCCUGCUAUGUGUCCCAGUCCACCGUCCCAGCAACCUGGAGCUCCAGAUUUUGGAGACCAUAGAGAAGGUGUUUGGCCCUGAAGCUGUUAGUAAACACGCAAUGGUGCUCUUCACACGAAUGGAGAGGCUGCCUGAGAAUGUGUCUCUGGAUGAGUAUCUCGAUACAGAGCGAGCAGACUUACUGGAGCUUAUACAGAAGUGUGGGGGCAGACAUCACCCCCUGUGGCUGGGAACAAACGUAGAAGAGCUGUUAGAAAAGGUGGAGCAGAUGUUGAAAGAAAGCGGGACACCAUUCUACACCUGUCCUCUGUUACAGGAGGCAAAGAGGAGAGUGGGAGAGAAAGAGCAGGAGAUCUUGAGGAGCAGAAGAGGAGGAGGAGAGCCCGAUUCGUCCUCAGACAUGGAGAGAAUAAGGGAGGAAGCGGAGAGGAGUGUGGACGAUCUGGUGGUGGAGGGGAUCGCUGAUCUUUGCCUCUCCACUCUGAACCCUUCGUUCUUACGCUGGUUGUGGGACAGUGUGGUCGGAUGGCUCGUUUGGUUCCCGAAUAUGGUGCGGGGCAGUACUUUACUGGGGUCGUUUGUAGGGUUGUUUGUCGGGGGGCCCUUAGGAGGGGCCAUGGGAGCAACGGUGGGAUCUGUUGCUACGGAGAUGGGUAGACGGAAACGAAAAACAAAUUAAAUUGAUUAACUCAGCAACAUUCUUUCCUUGAUAAGUCAUUAACAUGCAUUAUGUAACGCUUAACAGAUCAGGAGUUCUUGUACACUUAAAUAUGAAUAAAGGAACAUUUUUUAAAAUUAAAAUUUAACCUGUAAAUAAAUGGAAACUUUUAGGACAUUUUAAUCAAAGGAAAGUGAAGAAGAAAUAUUUACAUUAAGAGGGAAUAAUUGCCCCUUGGAUUUGAUUUCAAGGCUUUUUUUAUUAAAUAUUUUACAUUUAUGGGGGUAUUUUUCCUAAACCGAUCUCAAAACUCUGUGUCAAGAGUCUUUUAAUUAAAAUACUUGAGUUUAAUCAAUUAAUUAACAAAGGUCUCAAUCGGAAUAAUUAGAUUGAGAAAUUAUUACCCUGUUAACAUCAAAUUAAAUCAAUAAUAAAUCAUAAUUUGUGUGAUAACAGGUAUAAUUAAGGUUCAAAUAGAAUAUUAAGAACCAUAUUAGUUGUUACAAAUAAAAAGAUUUUGUGCCCAUAUUUUGGAUUUUCUGUGGUGUUUUUGCCCAGAGCACCUCUAUAUUUCUGACCCUGUUGCAAAUUUGCAAAAUUGACCAUGUGUCAGACUUCCUUGUUUCCAUUGAAUCAAACAAGUUGUUUUAGUAUUUUAAGCAUUUCAAAUACUAAAACAUUCUGAAAUUCAUGUUCAUUUUUCAAUGCAUAUUUUACUAGUAGUCUCAAGACUUUUGGACCCCUCUGUACAGUAUGUACCAACAUUUUAGGACAUGUUUGAAUGUACAUUAACUAAUGAUCUGUUCAGCAUAAUAUAUGCAAUGUUUGUUUCCAAACUCUCAAGAGGUGCUUAAAGAGUUUUAAAGCUUAACACCAAAAAAAUACGUAAUGCAAAAAGUAUUUUGUUUUUUAAUGGUGAGUAUAAAGAGGUUAAAAGUGCCUUUGAAAUUGAUCUUUCAGCUAAUUUCUUUUAGACCGUAUGCACCCAUAGUUCUUGGACUGCAGCUUUUUUGCCUUCAAAAACAUGGGGGUGUUUUUUUACUUUUAAAAACGAAUUAUUCUUGAGCACCUUAAAUCCAGUGAUGAAGAGUACUAUCGUAACACUGUGGCACAUAAAAGCUUUAUUUCCCACAUAAGUUAAAAUCACUACUAAAAUAAGUUUCGCUAAUUGUGAAGCACUUCGUUUUCAAGUGAUGUUUUCAGCUGUAAAAUUAAACACUGUAAGAUUAGACUUUGUUUACACUGUCUAAACUAUUUAAAAUCUAUGUGCAUUAUUAUGAGGUCACUCCUGCACUAAACAGCAGUCGUGGGACAUAUGCAUGCUGUACAUUUUGAAACGCAUCAUUGAAAUGCAUUAUAACAUUGAUAUACUCUGUUUUCUUUUACAUGUGCAACUUUGUCAGUUAACCGACAUGCAGCUCAAAUGUUUCUGCAGCUGUUUGAAAUAGGAGUAUGCAAAUAAAGCGUUCUAAUGGAAAUAAUUGCUGAUGUGUGAGUAAUCGGCAUGCAGUGUUUUACGAUAGUUAAAUAAGAAUAAGAAACGAUAGAUAAAAAAUCUAAUGAAUUCUCAUAAAAAUAUGACCAUAAAUUAGUAUAUAUUAAAAUUACAUUUUCAGGGUUCAAUAAACGUAAAGCUCAAUUGAAAGCAUUUUUAUUUAUUUUUUGGGACUUUUUCCUUUUCUUAAUAAAAAAAAGAAGCUAAAUAUGGAUUACAGUGAGGCAUUUACAAUGGAAGUGAAUGGGGUCAAUUUGUUUGACCCCAAGCUAAAACACUCAAUGUUUCAAAAGUAUAGCCACAAGACUAAAACAAUGUGUGUUAACCUGAUUUUAGCGUGACAAUUACUUAAACAUCUGUAAAACGAUGAUUUAAACAACAUUACAGCUCAAAUAACACACAUGUUUCAACAGAGGAAGUGAUUAAGUGUUUUAAAAAACAUGUAAGUUUCACAUUUCUGCCUUUAAACCCUUUAAAAAUUGCCUCAUUCACUUCCAUUGUAAGUGCCUCACUCUGUCCUCGGGACGAGUGGGAAUGACUUUUUGUGGUAAUCAAUAUUAUGCAACAAAUGCUGUCGAUUGAGCUUAACUUGAACAUUAAAUAUUCCUUUAAAUACUAGUAUUUGUUUGGGAGAUAUAGAAUGGUCAUAUUUGUAAUAUUGUUUAGAUAUGUUGCAUAUAUACACACAAAUGUGACAUUUGGUUUUGUAUGAGUGAAAGUUAUAUGUAUUAUUUGAGUAGUUGGGAUGCCCUAUGGAGUGACCUUAGGUAUAUUCCUUCUAAAACUAUUUUAAACAGCAUUUUGGUAAGUGUUUCUAAUUAUUAUGCAUGUGGUUUUAUGCAUCGUUUGGCAACAGUACAUCUUUUUUUAAAUGACACCCCUUAAAAAUCUGCUUACAAGUGAUAUUUACCUUGAUUUGUCUUUCUUUUCGUCCAACACCACUUGUCAUAUU